CGAGUCACGAAGCUGGUACACUGCGGCAGAGCCUGAAAAGUCUCCAGCAGCGUUUCGCUGCGUUCACACUGAACCUGUCCAGAGAGCGCAAACACCCCGACGAUGACGGACGGCCGGAGGAAAACGGUGUCCUACCAACGGAGACGCACCUUUUGCGCGAGAUCUUCCAGUCACUGGACAGUGUCAGCCGUUUUAAACUGCACCGCGUGUCUCCCCUGUGGAAUUCCAUCUUGGCCGACGCCAAGACUGUCCGGAUUUCCUUCGAGAUGAACCCGUUUUUCACCGCAGUAUACGGCGCCGUGGCGGGUCUGAUCAAGUGUAUGAAUGGUGGAACACAGCGGCUUAUUAUUGAGCAGAUGACGAGGGACAAGUUGGAUGGUGCACUGACGGUGAUUCAGUGGAUGCUGCGCAAUACCCACAUCCAGCAGCUGGUGUUCUCUAAUGUGGAUUUUGAUUGAGACGACCGUUUCAUGGGGUCCGAAUACGCCGGGAACGGUGGUAUGGCUGCUGAGGAGGCGGAGACCGGAGGGAGCCGGUGGAUACGACGUCUGGUCCAGCAUCUGAAGGUUUUGGCGCCUAGUUGCGAUGCAGUGCGGCUUCGACGUUGUCAAUUCCGCUGUCACCAACAAAUGGCCGCGAUUAUCCCGGAUGCUGUACUGAAACCGGAUGCAGCGGAUAUGGAAGCACAAUUCUGGGAUCUCUACGAGGCCAGUCUGUCCCGCGACGGAGUAGAUGUGCAGGAAAUGGCCGAGUGGAUUCGCACAGGAUCGGAGUCGUUUCGCACGAUGGUUGUUCAGUAUCUCAAGGAUUGGCAAAGUUACGAUCCGCGACAGACGACGCCGUAUCACGGUCGCGAGUGGACGGUGGAGAAUCUCCACGAGCUGGAUGUUUCCAAGCUGAUCACCAUCACGUUGCGUGCUUUGAAAGAAGUUCUGCCGGAAGCUUUGAAAGAUGCGGAGAAUUCUGGAGAUUAUGAACUGGGCGAAGGGGAGGAUGGUGGAGAACUCAACGGAGGCAUUCAAGAGGAUAGUGAUGGAGAGUCUGAAGAUGAGAUCGAUGAUGAUGAUAACGACGACGUGGGCGAAGACGAAGAUACAAAGAGCGAUGAAACUGAUGAUGAAUAAUU